CCGUGUUCAGUAUCAUCUGCUCACCUGUUUCGCUUCUUCCCUGCUCAGCUGGUCUGUUUCUUUCAGUGCUUUAUUCACUCUUGUAUCUCCUUCACCUCCCCUCCUCACAUUCAGACCUCCACCUUCUAAGUCUUUUCUCUUCCACCAUGAGUCUGAGUCGUACCAAGCGAAUCAGCUCCAGCAACUCCGUCCGGAGCAGCAGCGGCUCCAGGAGGCUGAGCGGUUACGGUCCAGGUCAGGGGGGUUUCAGCGGCAUCUCCCUCAGCAGCAGCUCUCUGUACGCGGGCACCAAUGGGCAUCACCAUGGCCUCGGGGCCCCGCUGGCGUCCCUGUCGGUCAACAAGAGCCUGCUGGCCCCCCUCAACCUGGAGAUCGACCCCAGCCUGUCCAUGAGCCGAGCCCACGAGAAGGAGCAGAUCAAAAGCCUCAACAACCGCUUUGCGAGCUUCAUAGAUAAGGUUCGUUUCCUGGAGCAGCAGAACAAGAUGCUUGAAACAAAACUGGAACUGCUGCAGGGUCAGGGCGUGGGCCGGUCCAACGUGGAGCCUCUGUUUGAGGUCUACAUGGCGGGUCUGCGGCGCCAGAUGGACCUGGUCAACAACGACAAGACCAAGCUGGAUGGGGAACUGAGGAACAUGCAGAGCUUGGUGGAGGACUACAAACACAAAUACGAGGACGAGAUUAACAAGAGAAACAACCUGGAGAAUGACUUUGUUAUCCUAAAGAAGGACGUGGACUCAGCCUACUUGGUCAAGGCCGAUCUUGAGGAUAAGGUCGGAGCUCUGACCGAUGAAAUUAACUUCCUGCGGAACAUCUAUGAGGAGGAGCUGCGUGAACUGCAGGCCAGCAUCAAAGACACCUCAGUGGUGGUGCAGAUGGACAACAGCCGCAGCCUGAACAUGGAGCAGAUUGUAGCUGAGGUCAAAGCCCAGUACGAGGAGAUUGCUGCCCGCAGCCGAGAGGAGGCAGAGGCCUGGUACAAGAGCAAGUUCGACCAAAUGUCAGUGCAGGCCACCCAGUUUGGAGACGAGCUCCGCAUGGUGAAGGGAGAGGUGGCUGAGGUCAACCGACUGAUCAGCCGGCUGCAGAGUGAGAUAGAGGCCGUCAAAGCUCAGCGUGGCAGUCUGGAGAACCAGCUGGCUGAGGCAGAGGAGCGUGGAGAGCUGACCGUGAAGGAAGCCAAAGCCCGGACCAGAGACCUGGAGGACGCUCUGCAGAGAGCCAAGCAGGACAUGGCCAGACAGCUGCGGGAGUACCAGGAUCUGAUGAACCUGAAACUGGCUCUGGACAUCGAGAUCGCCACCUACAGGAAGCUGCUGGAAGGAGAGGAGGACAGACUUGGACAACAGUCCAUCCUCAACAUCCAGUCCAUCUCCAACUACAGUACUAAAAGUACUAAUGGCUACCACAGUAACAGCAGCUCUCCUGCUCCAAAGCUGCUGAUAAAGACGACCGAGACCAAAGACAGCAGCAGGUACAGCACUUACUGAGAGAGCUGGAGUGAUGAGAGGCUGCAUGUUGGGCAUUUCAUCACCAACUUUCCUGAAAAUCAUGGAACAAUUUAAUCAUCUAAAUAUGGAAAAUAAAGUGGAAAUUAAUCUGGGAAUGGUUGCUUCUAAUAUGCAUAUUAAGCUUUUUAGUUUAGUCACUCUAACUACAGUCACAUGUCACACUAAGAUAAACUGCUAUAUUAUUGUUGUCAAUAUAAUAUGUGAUUGGAUAGUGAGAAUAUUGUAGCUUUGCAAAAUCAUGAAUCAAAUCAUCAUUUUAGAGAACUUAUUAGACCUUGGUUUCACCAAUGAUAAGCUGUUUGCAUUCAGACAUUGUUUUAUGCUGUUAUUGAAUAGUUUCCUCCUAUUGUUGUGAUCAUUGGGUCUAAGUUACUUUAUUACUUUUCUGUUGGUGUCGCAAAUAAAAUGAACUUGA